UUGAGAGACAGCGGUUGUCUCUUGAUACCGUUUGUAGUGAAUGAGCAUGCGCAGAGUGGCUAUAUCAGACAUAUGUGACGCGUUUCGAACAAGAUGCAGGACUGGGCUAGCGCGGGCUGGCUCUGCAAGCAUUGCCGUUCCACGCCAACACAGCACCGGGGUAGACUGAUGGUAGAAAUUGGCAGACUUUUGCAAUACUGUUUGUCAAAAACGACUAUUCAAAGCAAAGAGUUUGGCGAGGAAGUACACGCAGAAUGGUCGUCUGUUGGUACCAGUCAGCUGACGGAAGAGAAGGCAACAUCAGAAAACAGUCAGAGUAAUGGAGGAACAGCCAGAAGUCCUCAAAAGUACAAAUCACUCGACUAUUUAUGGAAGAAAUGGAUUCGUCCUCUAUUUUCUGAUUUGGUGCAAAUUCUCCCCGUGGAACCUAUUCUGGAUAAGCUACUGAGUGCAAAUCAGGUGACACUAGAAGAAUUUGAUAAACUGAAGCAAAUGAGUGGAGACGUUGAACAAGCUCGCUAUUUAUUGACCAACAUCUUACGUUAUCAAGGCGACGAAGCUUUUCACAAGUUUUGUGAUACUUUGUCGGAAGUUGGUGGUUACGAUCAAAUAUUACAUCUUAUACAACCGGAUAAACAUCCAGAUCCCCUCAAGAGAGACAACAAAGAAAUAAUUGCACAAUUACGACAUGAGGCAAUAUCUCGUCGGCUAGUUUCACCCGGAAAAUCUCCACAAGACAAGGGAAAGCAAAAGCGGAAAGAAGUUUUUCCAAUGGAACUGGAAAAAAGAAAUUUCCCUCGUGCGUGUGGUCGAGACGCAAUUAUUACUGACCUAUCGCGUUACUUUUGGAAAGAAGAUCAUGAAAAUACAGAGAAUGUCGAAAUUAGUGAUUUCCGUUUGAUGUGCAUUUGUGCUCAAGGUGGGGCGGGAAAGUCAUGUGUCGCAGCCAACUAUGCAAGGCUUUACAGAAAGGAAUACGAAGGAGGAGUUUUCUUCAUCACCUCAAGAACAAGCGCAUCUAUACGACAUUCAAUGCAAAAAUAUAUCGUUCGCUUAAGUUGUGAGAAAGAUGAUGUUGUAAGUCAACCACUGGAAGGAAUGAAUGCGCGCUUUUUAGAUCUCGUCAGUCAACGUGGAGGCAAUGCUUUGUUGAUCUACGACAGCAGUGAUGAUUUGGACGUCGUCCAAUCUCUCGUCCCUUCUUGCAACAUGAAAGUUCACGUUAUCAUUACGACGAGAUGCAGAGAUCACGAGCUGAUGCGAGAAGGCAGUGUGAUUCAAUUGCCAGAGUUGGAUGAAGACGGAGCCGUCGAGUGUUUCUGCAGUUGGGCUGAAAAAUGCAACGAUGACGGGAAGAUGUCAGAAUUAGAAUUGGAUGAGAUCAGACGGAUAGUGAGCGAUGGUCAAGUGAAGCUAUUGCCGCUGGCCAUUCGACGUGUUGCAACAUUGACGAAGAAAACAGGAUUUACUUACAAGGAGAUGAGAGAAAAACUGUCAUCGAAGAAAGAGGACGUACGUUAUCCAUCCGAUGAUUUACAGGACGUAUUACGUGGUCAUGGACUGCAGCAUCUACAGCACAAACUAAAGAGUUUGGACAUCACACGGAUCGACCAAAUUUUAGCUGCCGACGUCGCCUCACUGGCCAUAUCGUGCGAUAUUAGUACGAGUGAUAAAGAGAAGCUGAAGAAUAUGCAGGAAAGACUAAAAGUCGACAGGACAGCGCCGAUGCAUUGGGAUCUCGAUCUAGAGGAAGCGGCGAAGAGAUCCGAAGAUGCAGAGAAAAUUCUCGGUUUUGCUUCUCUGAUGGACACGAGCGCCAUUCCUACUGAUGUCCUUCGUGCAGCUGUGAUGCGGGACGGAGAGUCGAGGAUCGGAGAGAACGAGUUUGAAGUCUCUCUGCAUAUGCUGUCAGACGACUUUUCACUGCUCUCAUUGAAUGACGAGGAACAGACGUGCGACAUUCAUGCCCUCGUUCAGCAAUCUGUCGUAAGCCACAUGAAGAGAAGAGACAAAUUGCUACCUUAUCUCAUUCGUUUGACAAAGUGUAUGCAAGACAUGUUACCAAAGUCUUAUGUGGCCGUAAAACGCAACCUCAACAAUAGCAAGUUGAUUGCAUUAGCUCCACACGUUUACAUCGUUUGUCAUCACAUCUUGAAAUUGAAAUGUAUACAGCAAGAAUGUUUAGAGCUUUUGAAGUUUUCUUGUUGGUUGGCAUACAAUUUGCACGACAUUCCUACAACCAAGCAUUUAGCAGAAGAGAUAUUGAAAAUUCGUCUUCGACUCGGCACUCGCAAUAUUGAUGAUGCCUACGAAAUGAGCUGGAGUCUGAUGGAUGUUGGUAAUGCGUACAAACUAAUGAUUAGACCUGAAAUGGGGAAGCCAUACUUUGAAGAAGCUGUACAAGUGUUGCAAGCAUUUGGUGACGACAGUUCUCUUUCAAUGUUAUACGCUACUGCUUUAGGCCGUUUAGCAGGAUGCUACUUGGACAUGAAAAACUUUAAAGAUGCAGAACGACUGUUUAGAAGAGAGAUUAACUGGAUAAGAGAACGCGGACUGGAGGAUGCAAGGAUGUCUGCUGGUAUGCGUUCGGCUCGUCUGCUCUAUUUCUAUUUUUUACUAAUUUAAUGUUAACACAUAAUAAUUUGUUGCAUUCUUAAAUAAUAAAUUAAAAUGUUGUU